GGUUGAAGUUGACUUCAACUAGCGAAUCAGCUUGUUUUUGACGGCUAUUAAAACGCAAUGCACGUUCUUGUCGGUGAGAAAGAGUUCUGCGGAUGUCAAAUAGAAAUCUCUUCUGUUAGCUAUUCACUUGGUUCGGUUUCACACGCCAUGUUUGAAAACAUUUUAGUAUUGCUGUUUGUGGUAGGUUUACAUCAGGCAAGUGUCGAUGGAAGUACAAGCUUACAGUUUUCUGGCAGUUCUUACGCCGAGUACGACCCUUGGAGCUGGAUUCCUAAUGCGACGCUGCAGUUUUUCUUUCAAACCAGUGAACAGAAAAAAGCUUUGCUUUUCUAUCAGGACGAUGCUGUCAAGGGUGCAAAUUACUACUUUAUGUGUCUGUUCCUGACAAGUAGCGGUUUUGCCAAAUUUCGUGCGAGGCUUGGUCCACGGGUAGAAGAGCGUGAAAUUGAACAUAACUUUGCUGACUCCCAAUGGCACAAAGUCAGGAUAAAGAUUGAUGUGAAAAAAGUACAUUUUUCAAUAAAAGAUCAGAAUGGCGUAGUACACACUGCAGAAACUCCGUUUCAAAUAAGUGCAUCUGACCAGACUCGAGCGUACAACGUCUUGUUCAUCGCUGGAAUUCCACUCAGUUUGUCGCCUUCUACGGAUUUUUCCGAUACAAAAUUAUUUGGGUAAAAGCAGAUAUGAUAUUUUUAACAUGAUUUAUUUCUGUUAGUUUUCUUUUCCUAUUUUGUCGGUUCUCAGAAAGUCAAGCUUCUGUCUGCCUGCAAAUUCACGAAAAUAAUUUAAAAUCCCUGACCGCGAAGAAGACGAAAAGUACGUCAUCGUGGCGUUGUUUAAUUGAAUGAUCACAAGACUUGCUUGCAGUAAGGAACGAAACCAACUCAUUUUACAAUUUAUUUACUACUAAGCUGUCAGUUUCAGGAGCAAACGUUAUAAAAUUUUCAUUUGACAAAUGAUCAUAAAUGAAUGAUUACUGUGCGAGCACUUUGUUAGUUUAAUUCACGCGGAAAUAAAUAAUUAAAAAUAUUACCAGUUAUACUGUUAUGAUCUUCCAAAAGCUUAAAGGAGAAAUAGGAUUUUAUUUGGAGCCGACUACUGUUAAUUAACACAACUUGUCAUUCCUCUUUUAUUUAGUACCUUAGGUCUCGCCAUGUUUAAAGGAUGUAUAGGUGAUAUUAGGGUCUAUCGACCAUCGAGUGGUCAGCUGGAUAAAGUAAAGCUACGGAAAUCACCUAUUUCUUCAUCUAACGCACAGGGCACUUGCCUCGGAGCUUGUAGCAAAGUGGGAUGCUACAAUGGUGGUCGAUGCAUUGACAGAAUAUGGCAUUCAGAAUGUGAUUGUUCAGCGACUGGUUUCGAAGGACAUAGAUGCCAAAAUCGUAAGACAAAGUUUAAAGUUUGUCUUUAUUUACUGUGGCUAUGUUCACACGGCACACCGGAUGCAUUUUCGAGCAGUCGAAAAUUCGUUCGUUCUGUUCACACGGAGCCACGCUAAUUUGAACGCCUAGCCGUUUAAAAAUUCGAACGCUAGAAUUUAGGUCAAACUUUUAGCCGUCACGGCGGAAAAUUUGACCAGCGCAAUGUGAACACCACCACCGUUUAAAUUUUAAGGCAAAUUUGACCGGCGCUAUGUAAACACCUUAACCGUCUAAAUUUUUGUACGGUAAAGGCACGGUUGCAUGGAUGCGUGGUAACUCAGCUGGGAGACUCGAUUUUGGAAUUGCUUAAAUAGUACUUGGACAGAUGGUAAAAUCUCUGACAAAGUUAAAAAUUCCACCUGGUUCGUCAGGUCCAUGUGAAAAGAGCAAAAAUAUCGAACUGUUCCGUUUGAACGAAGUGUCCGCUCAAAUAUUUCAGCCGGUCGAAAAUUCGUCCGGUAUUGCCGUGUGAACGUGUAUAGCCCGAAAGCCGCUCAAGGUUACUCUCAGCGAAAGAAGCUGAUGGUUGACGGCUGUUACGUAAGUGUAAAGGAACAAAAUUUGAAGCCCGUUUCCAGGACUGAAAGUGCCCAUUAUUUAGAACGUUUUCACAUGAUGUGACGUCCGCCAUAUUGGUGUUCCAAACCAAUCCCGUGGGAGUUGAACUCUUUUCUUAUGCAAACGCUUAUUUUUGUUUCAAUAAACAGUUGCAUAGAUGCUGGCCACGUGAGUGAAAACCCUCUAUAUCGUCAGCCUCGGCUGGUAAUUGCCAUGGAACCACAAACGGCCAAAUUUAAGCCCACAUCUGAGGACGACCGAAAUUUCAUCUCAAGCUCCCAGUACGACAAAAGAUGACAUAGAACACUUCAAAAAUCUAGCUCAGCAAUGAUCAAAACAUGUGGAACUCACCAUGACAUUAUACUAUUAAAAAGAAUAGGAAUCUAAAAUAUCAUUAAUUUUAAAGAUAAACGCCAGUGAGAUUAGUUCUAUCUAUGACUUGUUUUACAUACCUAUCGUUUCCAUCAUUCCGUUUUUUGUUAAAGUAUAGAACAAAUAUAUUAUAGUUUAAUCUGUUUUAUAUAUUUGUUUUUUAGGUUCCCAUACUGCCCUCCUGAAUGUUCCUCAAGAGAGCGGGGGAUAUAUUUUUCAAACGCUGAGUAAUGACAGUCCCUUUAUGGACACAGAAAGGAACACAAUACAGUUUAUGUUUUUAACAGAAAAGAAGAACGGCGUAUUCUUCUACAUGGGGAGUGACAAAGACCAUUUGGUAGCGGAACUCGUAAAUGGAAGUUUACGAGUCGCGGCAGACGUCGGUGGAGGUAAGAUUAGACUUAAAAUGAAGGCGAGGCUGAUCGGAUGGCUAAGGCCCACAAAUUUAUUUGCCCAAUAUUUCGACUAGACAGAACUAGUCUUCAUCAGGGUUGGAAAAGCUAUGUUAGAAUAGAAUAAUUCUAAGGUUGUCUGUACACUGGCUGGGCUCGGAGAGAUGUGGCUAAAAAACUUGAAUACAAUUGGCAGUUACGUUGGGUUGAUUCACAUAUGAAUCUCUUCCAGUUCAAUUCCCUCUGUGCGAAAACUGGACUCCAGAAAAGGGGAAACUAAGUGACGGGCUGCGUGUGGGCAGCAUAGCUCUCGUCUGGGCGCCCACCACGAAUAACUGAGGUCUGUCACUGGGACGGUCGUGAGCGACAACCGGAAAUUCUCGGAUGAUCUGAUCGCUCAUUUUGGGUGGAAAUUUCCCUAGAGCUCUCAACGGUUGAACAUUGAUAAGCGACGUCAGUUGUCGAGGUCUUGUACUGUCGCAAUUUGUAAAAAUAAUCGCAGUUUGUAAUAAAUUCAUCGCAGAUUGUAAUACCUGUUGCAAUUUGUAAUAAGCCGUGUCACACUUUGUAAUAAAAAAGCUGUCGCAAUUUGUAAUAACUGUAUAUCGCACUUUGUAAUAAACUAAGCUUGCAUCUCAGAGAACUUCAAUCUCAAAAAUUUUCCCAGAGGAGCGUGCGCCCGAAACUCUCUGGAAAAAUACACCGUUCGCAGUCCUGAUAGGCACUAUCGCGCCCAUAUUGCCACUGUACUACUAUAUCUCUAUCACAAAAUCCUCCGUCCGCCCCUGAGUCUGCCGUGGGGUUCGCCCUCUUUAGCUUCGCAAAGCUAGCCAAAACUGAAUCAGCUCACCUGGCUAAUAACUAAACCUAAAACCUGCAAAAAAUGCAAUUCCAGGCGAAGGAGAUUAGGGUUUUUUUACUUACGAAUGUACAAUCACUUGUUCAACGUGUCUUUAUAUUGCAGGUCCUAUAGUUGUGUUCGACGAAAGUAAUUAUCUUUCGGACAGCUGCUGGCAUCACGUGGAAGUUCGUCGCAGAAAGGCGCGGUUAACUGUCAUCAUCGACAAAGAAAAAUCCAGAAAAAGCAGUGAGUCCUCAACUUCGCAUUUCAAGCUGAAUCUUAACAACAACACAUCUAACGUCAUUUACUACGGCGGCGGCCCUUCUGACAAACUGGUGUUUGCAAAAACUAAACCUUUGUAUUUUAGGGGGUUUCUUAAACAGUUUUACUUUGAACAAAUCAAUGUAAUAGAUAAGGCAUUGAUACGACCAAAAAAUGCAAGAAGAGACUUUGAAAUAUCAGAUUGGAGUGGAGUGGGAAUUGCAGUGAUGAGGAACUUCUUACUGCAAUCAGCGGAACGCAAGUGCAUACCAGACCCGACUUCAGGGUGCUCACCAGACGACGAUGACUCAGAUCCGUCAUGCAACCCUUCAACAACUACACCGACAAAAGGUAGGCCGUCCAGGGCUAUGUUUCACUAAACCCAAUAGCUCUUGCGCCGGCACGGUAAUCAUACUAGGUAGGGCUUCUGGUCAUACAUGAAGACUGUGAUUUCGGCGUGAUUUCUGCGCCGCUCCAAUCUCGAAAGUGGAGCGUCACAUAUCGGAUAGGUUCUGUGCCACACUUUGGUGUAGUGUGAAUAGGAAUAUGGACCGUAGGGGAAGUAAAUAAGUAGCAGAAAGAUAACUGGAACCCACUGAAACGCAAGUAAAUAUUCAAGAGUGAGGACUGGGAUUUAGUUCACCAAACCCUCUCGGCAAACCGUUCCGACACGAUGUUCGAUGUGUGUGAACGAUUUGUUCUAGUUCUGUGCUGCUGCUGUUCACAUAUAUCGGAUAGGAGUUUUCAUGCCGGCAGUAGCAAUGUUGGCGACACCACAACAGGUUGCACUAAUGACUCUGGGUGUCAAGGGACUUGCUAUCGUUUCAAAAUGCUCAAACUUGUCUCGGUAUCAACUAAAUUCCAACACUAAUGGUCCAGUUUUGCUUUUUAAGGCUAUGUUUAGACAUUGACACUUUUUCGUGUCGUCUGUUGCUACGGAUAGCAUAGCAACAGACGAUAACAACAACAACAUGGAUUGAAAGUUUUAGUGCUACGCCUGCUAAAAUCACCGAAAAACAUAGUUUUAGUUUAAUACUCAUGGGUGAAAUCUGUUUGGUAUCUUUUUCAUAACUGCUACUGGAGCAUUUUGUGUAUGGGUUGAGGCAUUAAGUAAUGACUUGAGCACAGACUUGACCAAAAAAAAAUCAAUAUCCUUACGAAAUGGCCGCUUUAAAUUAUCCAUUCCCUUCCAGCGGUAAAAACCGGUUAGAAGGCAGAUGAACACCGGGGCUUACGUUACGUAUUAUUUCCAACAGCAAGAGCGGGUUUCACUUCACGGUGCAACGAUCUCAACCGGAGCUACUAAAAAUUAAACAAAAAAUGUAGUUUGUUAAUCAAUCAAAGAGCAGUGAGUCACAACAACCGGGAGCUACCGAGUCUGACUUAGCUUUUGCUCAGAGCCAAUUAAAACAGACAGCAUUCAUUUACAUUUCGAGUGACUAUAGCGCAGGUUGAGCCCGUUGUACUUUAACAAUUUCAUCGUUGUAACAGAUAAGGAUAAUAGAAUAAUAAAUAGAUCAUAGAGAGAAGGAAGUAGAGAAAAAAAUUAUAAACAAUCUACUUUGUUUCAAAGCGUUCUGUACGCGGUGCCAGUGAGGAAGGUAGAAUAUGAGUCUUUCAGUGAACUAAAUCAACGUUAUAUUUUUUCUGUUCAAAAGGUGGUUAGUGCUCUGCACUGGACAAAUCACUUUCCAAAGGAUAAUGCAAAUAGUUUCCUUUAUGCUUAUCUACUAGAUAGGGAUGUUGAACCUGUGAACAACUGGGGCCAGUUAAAUCAUUAUCCACUGAAAAACGCAAUUGGUUUCCUCGACAGCUAACCACUCUCCGAGCCCAUAACCCAGAGUGAGCGACGUCCAUGCGCUCGUGUCACGGCGUUUUCUCGGACUAGUUUAUUUUUAGAACGGUUUUGGCCCUAAAAUUUGUCUAAAAUAAACUGGGGCCCGUUUCUCGAAAGUCCCGAUAAUUAGCGGGCCCGGUAAGCUGUCUCCAUUCACAUUAAAGAUCGAGGUUUCAAUAGUUUUGCAUCUAACAUGAUAAAACUGUCAGUAAAUGAAACAAAAUGGUGUAGUUUGCUAGCCAGGACCCGCGCUGUUAUUCUUUAUAUUUCGAUUUGAAUAUUUGAUUUCGGCCCGUAAAGUUACCGGGACGUUCGAGAAACGGCCUCCAGGUCCGUAAAAACGUUCUGACAUAGGCCUAGUAUGGGAGUUGCUCGCUCCGGGUUAUGGGCUCCUGCCACUGUAUAGCAUGUUUAGUGGAUAGCGCUAUCUAACGUUUGAACAACUAGGGGCAGAAGAAUAUUUAGUAGCCAUAAUAACUAUACUAAGUAAAUCUUUUCUGCCCUUUUUCCUUUUAAAAGAUACAACGAAAAGCACCACUGUUUCCUCACCAACUCCUACGGGAACAACUACAGAAACUCAGUAUCAGGUAGCAGGACAGCGUCAAAACCCUACCCCCAGAUCCAAAGGCGUGUCAGCCUGGGUCAUUAUUGUUAUAGUGUUAGCAGCCAUGGCAGUUGUGCUAAUCACCGUGUUCCUUCUCUACCGCUGGAAUCAUCGAUACACGGGCUCAUUCAAGCCAAGUAAAAGCGAGGAGGCACAAUCGCAGGACCCUGCGGCAGACGCAGAACAACAGCAAGGCUCAUGGAUGUAUAAUCAACCGCCAUUUUUUGUUUACAAACCUGCCAAGAAAACUACGAAGGCUCAGAGCCCGCCUGUCUCUAUUUAAAACUGCUUGUGGUCGUUUACAGAAAUAGCAGUUGUUGACACAGCUUCAGUUGCUUGGUUGAUUUGUAUCCCUAAUUCAACUAGACUGGUCAACAAGCAACAGUAAUGCGUCUUCAGACCAAGUUCAACAAAGAUUUGCACCUGGAAGACACUGAAAUGGCAAAUGGUUUACAGUUGCAUUCUAAGGCAACAAAACUUUCCUAGAAACUUUGAAAAGGACAUUCUGUUAUUUACUCGAGAAUUUAUCAGAGUCUAUCAGAUUAGCUAGUACAAAAGAUGAGGUCAUUGAAAGCCACAUUCUGCGAUGAGUAUACGAUCACAAUUGCUGGAGAAAACAACAACAAAGCUAAGCCAAGUGGACUUCGGUAAAAACCCACAAAAUCUUUGUAUCUUGAGAAAUAAUAGAGGAUUCUAGUAUCAGGGGCACCCAAUGGAUCUGUUCCUCAAAAUAUCUGUUCUUCAGGCACAUUUUUGUUGGCUGGGAGAUGUGGAAGAAAUAAUAGUCCUUGGAAGGAAAGUGUUGCUGGAAAAAGAUAAUUCAGGGUGUCAGAGGGGAUUUGAAGUCUAGAAUAGCUGCUAGAGUUACUUGUAUGGGUUACUUACCACUCAAGAUCUGAAUUGUGCCCUAUGAAACUUCCCAGUAAGUCAGGUUGCAGGUUGUAAGGUUGCUGGCUGGGAACUCUUCCAUCAGUCUUGCUGGGAGUGAGGAACAGAUAAUUUUUUUUCCAGCAAUCUCCCAAAAUGUUUAAAAUAGUCUCAGAAAACUUUAUUCACGCUUUGUUGUUGUUUUUAGGUCUUUUUCUCAAAAUUUCCCGUUGGGUGCCCCUGUAGUAUUAGGAACAGCUAAAAUAGCUGCCAAAUGUAGCCUCUACAAAUACAGUUUUAGCAUGAUUCUUAAGCUGUUUGCUGGAAAAAGUUUAGCGCGCCAAAGAUAUCAUGGACUAACUAUUUUGGACGAUUCUACAAUAGCUUGUGUAUGUACGUAUUUACUACGAAUAACUUAGCACGCAUGCAAAUCAAUUUG